GGGCGCGCCCGGGGCGGGGGCCGUCGAGGCACCUCCCACUGGCCGCCCGGCGCCCGCCUUUAUAAAGGAGCUGUGCGCCGGGUACCCGCUCGCCGCGCUCCAAGUCCGACCCAUCUGCCGCUCCGCACAGCCGUCCGUCGCGCCCACCAUGGCCACCGUUCAGCAGCUGGUAGGAAGAUGGCGCCUGGCGGACACCAAAGGCUUUGACGAAUACAUGAAGGAAUUAGGAGUGGGAAUGGCUCUGCGGAAAAUGGGCGCAGUGGCCAAGCCAGACUGUAUCAUCACUUGUGAUGGCAAAAACCUCACCAUAAAAAGUGAGAGCACUUUGAAAACAACACAGUUUUCUUGUAACCUCGGUGAAAAGUUUGAGGAAACUACAGCUGAUGGCAGAAAAACUCAGACUGUCUGCAACUUUAUUGAUGGUGUUUUGGUUCAACACCAGGAGUGGGAUGGGAAGGAAAGCACAAUAACAAGAAAACUGCAAGAUGGGAAAUUGGUGGUGGAAUGUGUUAUAAACAAUGUCAACUGUACUCGGAUCUAUGAAAAAGUAGAAUAAAAAUUCCAUCAUCGCUUUGGACAGGAAUUAGCUGUGCCAAUGAACAAGCUCAGUUCAAUGAGCAAAUCUCCAUACCGCUUAUUCUGUUUUUCGCUUUCCUUACUAUGUCCAGUUAUUUCUCUCAUAAACAUUUUACAUGCAACCAUUUCAAAGUGUUGGUUUAAUUACGAUCAACCGUUUGGUUAGUAAAUAAAUGAGCUUGUGCCAAUA